AUGGAAAGGCGAGCCCCUACUACGUGGGAGGGUCCACAUACGAGUGAUUUCUGGAAGGUCGAGCUGUCAUUCAUCCUGUCCCAAAGCGAGGCAACUCUGUCCAGUCUGGUCCAGAGAGGUCAAGAGCUGGCAGCUAGGCUGCGGGCGCUGCAGCUGGACCGCAGAGAGAUCGCCUGUCUCAAAUUCCUCCUCCUGUUCAACCCCAAUGUGAAGCUCCUGGAGGACCAGGCGUUCGUGGAGGGCGUCCAGGAGCAGGUGAACGGGGCUCUGCUGGAGUACACCCUGUCCACUUACCCUCAGUUCCAGGAGAAGUUCAGCCAACUGGUGGUGCGGCUGCCAGAGCUACGCUCCCUCAGCACGCAGGCUGAGGACUACCUGUGCUACAUGCACCUGAGCGGAGAGGUGCCCUGCAACAACCUGCUCAUUGAGAUGCUGCACGCCAAGCGAGCGUGUGUGUGAAGGAUCCUCGUCAUGUGUUGUUGCUCUUGGUGAGACUGUGUGUGUGGGAGGGCAAGUGUGAGUGAGAUGAAAAAACCAAAUGAAGAUAGACAGGUUCAUAUUGAGUCAUCUUUGCGAGGGAUUUUGUUUGAGCUGGAGAGGAGAAAAAGUUCUUUGGAGUUUGGAAUUAUAAAGGUCCAUCUGUACUCAAGGUAGUUUUAAGAGUUUGAAUGUUAAUGGUUUAUAUCAUGCAGAGCUACAUUAAUGUGACCUUUCUAAACUGGAUUUUCUACCCUGUUUUCAAAAAUCUAAAAUUAGAGGUGCCUGUAGAGUUGCAUUAUAUCCUCUUUGACCCAUAAGAAUCCACUGAAAAGAUUUACAUUCCACAGAGCUGCCCAGCAAACAUUUAGACUCAGAGGAGGAUGGUCAAACACUGAAAUGUGUUGAUCUUACUUUUAAAAAAAUAGGAGACUGACUGCCUUGAAAAAGGUUAAGUAAAUAUAACUAUUCCUACAUUAUGUCUAUUCUAUAUUGAUAUGCUAGGUUUACUUAAAAUUUUGUUGCAUUUGCUUCAUUUUGUGAAGUCUGCUUAAAAAUGACUAUUGAAAUGAACAUGUUCUUUGUUAUGGCAAAUUUAAGCAAAUCAGGUUAGUGUGACUUAACUGAAGAGUUGUGCUUACUCUGUAGUAUUCAGGAAACUAAUUGCAUUUGAUAAAUAAAGUAAGGAUUAUUUUCAUUUUAACAAAACGCCUUUCUGAGCAUCUUAAGACAAAAACCAAUGUAUUUGGAAACAAACGAAAUUGCACAAUCAAAACAAAUCCAGUAGUAUGCCUUAUAAGAAAAAAUCUUUAAAAAAAAUUGAAAUAUUCAAACUUAAUCUCUCUCUUUGACUUUCCUUAAGAGGACUUCAUGUCAUGUCAUUACAUCACAAACAUCAACACUCAAUCAAGCUUCAACCAAUUUGUAAAAUAAAUGAAAUAUUCCAUCAAACUUGCAUUUUAUGCACAGGCCUGCAACUGCGAUAAACUAAACAACACUGUAAGUGUUAACAUGUGUAUUCUGCUGGUUGCAAACUUUCAGUUACACAUGUUUAUUCUUAAAAAUGUUAACAAAACAGAACUUGCAAACUGUACAGAUAUCCUAAAUCCUCCACAUGCAAAAUCGUUUUCGUCAUGGAACAAAAUACAUAAAACUGUUUAAGGCCGACUAACUUGGUUAAUUUAAAAACUUGUUGCUGACUCUUAAAACUAACUAGUUCAUUUCAGUCGUCAUUUUCAUGUUCCAACAACUUCACAAGUUAAUACAACUGAAAUUUUAGUAAAUUAGAUAUGGAACAAACAUAGAAUAAAACUAAUAGGUAAAUUUACUUCCUUUAUCAAAGUAGCUUCCCAGACUUCUUAAAUUAAGAUCAGCCUGUAAGUUUACAGUGAACCUGCAUCAUUGCUGAGCAGUCAUAAAAACAUGGUGUCAAAAUGACUGUUAGGAUAUCUGUCCCCAGCUGCUACCUGCAUCCUUCUGGAACAUCCACACCUAAAUAUUGCUCUGAUAUCACUAUAAAACUGUGUUCAACUCCACUAUAGGAUUCUGUUGUGAAAUCUGGUGCUGGGUGGCCUGAUGUCACAUCACAAACUGGGUGUUGAAUGCUUGCUGGGUGAGCUAAUGUGCACCUAUCCAACAAAUUUUGUAGCUUCUUUUCAGAGAAUGAAUUUAAGUGUUUAAUUAUGCAUUUUUGAUCCAAAUUUCAGAUGCAACUUUAUGAUUCCAAUUUCACCAACGCUGUUCCUAGAUCAUUUAUCUUAUUUUUUAGAUGAAGACAGACUUCAGGAUAACAAGACACACUCAGUACGUUCACAUGAUGUAAGAAAAAGUUGAAUCGUGUCGCUAGUCCGACUAAAACUGGACUUUUAAAAUACAUUUAAACAUGUUAGUCCAGCUGAAAUCGUACUAAAUUUAAUUUCUCAAAGUCAGGCUAACACACCUCAAUAAUGCUCUUGGGGACUGACUUACUCUCUAAUGUAAACGCCUCAGUCGGACCUGAAUUGGUUUAAGCAUUAUGCACAUGCUCCGUAGUCCCUGUGCCGGUUUUGACCCAGAAGUUGAAUAGCAUAAAAUUGUAGAGGAAAGCUGGGAAAACCAAAAGAAGAGGAAGAGAAGAAACAAAAUAAGUGUAGAGAGCAUAUACGAAAUGUACAGCAUUGAAAAAAAUAUCCUUGUUGUCUCCAUUCGACAUGCAACAUGUUUGCCGCUUGCUAACGUGUUUGGUUUGUGACGUAAUAGGUCAACUGGAAGAAGGUCAGAUAGCAACGAGCUGAAAGAGGGCAUAUCGCCACCUACUGUGGCAGAGUCAGACAUACGUCCAUCAAUAAAUGGAUUCUGCCCCAGUGCUUAUAUUCUUGGACAAGGACAGUAGUCCAAUAAAUGGCCAAAUGGAGCUAUAACCGCAGCUUGACUUAACUGUGCAUGGAAACGUACUGACUGCGGUCUCCUCAGACUAGACUAGCACUUAUGUUUGUAUCACUAUAUUUUUUCUUUUUGCCAACACUGUUAAAAAAAGAAAGAAAAAAAGAAAUAUGAAAGCUCUAUGCGGUUCAAAAUAGUUUUGUUUUAAUCUAUUUAGAUGUUAAUAUAUGGAUAUAUCAAAGCCAGAUAUGUUCAGAAAGAGAGAAUGCAAGGGACAGAAAGACAGAUAAAACAGAGGGACACAGACAAAGAAAGGGGGAGAUGAAAAAGCAAGUGACACCACAGACUGCAAUGCUUUAUGGGUAAAAAAACAAAAACAAAUCAAAGGAUGCCAGAGCAGAGAGUAACAGAUAGGAGAGAAAAAAAGACACAUCAAUUAGGAAGACAUGAAUGACAAAGACAACAUUUUUCUCCCUUUAAGUAAAUAUGUGAAUAACAAAAGGAAGCAUUUGUCAGUACCAAGGAGCCACACAGAGAUGACUCAGGAGGGAAAAGAUGCAUCUGGCAACAUUUGGUUUCAAAUUUCUUUGUAAAAUUUAAAAUUUGUAAAAUGCCCUGAGAAACAAUGGAUCCUUAAAAAAUGAAGGUGUCACAUUCACACACACAUUUGUGUCACUUUUCAACACACUGUACUGUAUGUGGACUAGAGAUUGACUGAUCUGCGCGUCUGCAGAUACUGAUAUGGUUUGCACUGAAGCUGCUGUGUGAUGGGUUUUGGUACCCAUAAUUAAAAUUAUUUAAAUCUCCAAACUUUAUGUUAAAUAAUGUUAAUGCUUAUUUUUAGUAAGUAGUCAAAAAAUCCCACAAAAAACCCUAAACUAACAUUGUCUUUCAGUACUUUAUGACUUCCCCAAAAGCCAACAACAAAAACACAACAAAACACAACCCCAUCUUGCAGAAAUUUUGUGAAAUGACAACCUCUUAACACUGCACAACAUGGUGGUAAACAUAUCUUCAUAUUACAGUUCAUAUACCUUAUGAAUCAGCAGUCCACAAAUGAUGUUACAAACUUUCCGAAGAGUUAGUUGGCGUCAUGCUCAUUUGCAAAAGCACUGACAAAGUGGUGCUAUUUGACAAGAUCCGAUUGAAAAGGGGCCUGGAUUUUUGCCAUUGGCUCAGUAAAGUCGUGGUUACAUUUAGGCAAAGAAACACGGUGAGAACCUUACCAGAAGAACCAGUAUACCGCUUAGCACUAAGAGCAGCCUGCGUGGUGGCAUGUAUUGUGAUGAAAUUGUGUACCUACACCACUGACAUCAUGCCUUUUGAAAGUUAGUGAGGAUCCUUUUUUCGUAGUGUAAACACUUAUUCCCAGCUUCAACAUUGCCACGCAAUGGCUGGUGGUUUCUGUCAGGAGUGGUGGAUAGGUCAAAAAACACCAGAUUUCCAACCAGGAGACCUCCAUCAGUGUCCUGUUUGCAACUAUAAUCAGUAUGGCCCAUCUUCCCAGCUCCUUUUAUUACGUUGUUACUAGUAUCAUUUCAAACUGACCCUGUCCAACGCAGUAUCAUAUUUUUGCGGCAGGUUCGUACCGACUGUAUUAUAAAAUGAUGCUGUUGGACGGCAUAUUAUACCAUCACAACAGGUGUUGUUUGGCUCACCACCGGCAUAGCACAUCACCAGAAAAGGUUCCAUCCGGCCACAUUUUAAACUGAUGCUGUCCACCAAAGCAUCACAACACCGCGAAAGGUGGCUGUUGAUGUUGGUGUCUGACACCCAAAUCACUGUCCAAGCAGUCAUAUUUGACAAGUUUGAAAUGAGAACAACAUUUAAUAGAUAAUAUGAUGUCUAUGAUGAUUAUUUGACAAAUAUAUGUUCCCUAUAAAUAGUUAAAUAAAUAAAAAAGUUAGUGUUCAAUACAUCAUUUUGUUUUUGAGUGUAACCAUCCUGAGUCGCUUAUCUCUACUAAUAACAGCAUCUGACAUAUUCCUGUAUAGUUUACAGCUGUCUGAUCAGCAUCUGAUCAGACAGCUGGUGGACAUCCCUGCAAACCUUAUCAGUCAUAUAAACACGAUCAGAAAGCUGAACCCUGUGUAUUUGUAGCAGGCAGUGAUUAAUCUGUGGCACUUACUAUGUUGAAAAGUAACACUAUCGGUCCCCAGAUUUAUGAAAAGUGACACACCCUUCAUAAAAGCACAUGACUCUCAGCGAUGAUGACAAUGUUACUGAUAUUCAACUGAAAAAAACACACAGUCAAAGCAGUGUUUGUAAUAUUGUGCAGCUCAACUUUCUCACUGUGGACACUGAAAAUCAUUCCUUGUUCGUCCAUUUCAAGGUAUCGUAGACAAUCACUCCACCUGCCUUAACUUAAUGUCUGCCUGAAAACAUACACAAACACACCUUGGUUUUCCAGUUGAGAUAGCUGUGUGUUCUCACUCUGUACAGUAUAUUUAUGUUGUGAAGUGAAUAUCUUACUGCAAGAUGAAGAUACAUUUCAACUGAAAGAGUUCUCCGCUUUAUGUUGAGGCCAAAUCGCUACUGUUGUGGAACUGAUUCUCUUGAUAUUGCCUUUGUUUUUGCUCUUUGUUAACUCUUUUUUUUCCUGUGAGUUGACAGUCCCGUCUUAAACUGAAGUGUUUUUUUUCUCCCAAAAGACCAAGUGACCGAGGCAUUUUGUUUUCUUUAAAUAUAUUUUAUUGUAAUAGCAUCAGACCAAUAAAUUUCAGUGAAGUAAA